AUGAGCAGCCUAGAUGAGGAAGAGCUUGUUUAUUAUGUCACCUUACCUUUCUGUGUUUUAAGUAUAAUAGGAAGCCUCUUCAUAGUUACCAUAUAUCUUCUCCUAAAGGAGAUCCGUGUCUUUACCUUCAGAUUGAUUUUUUACCUAGCCUUAAUGGAUCUUCUCUUUGCAUCCUGUAACACUUAACACAGCUUUUGCAAUCCCAUGGUUCAUAAACGACUACUACUGCUACGUUCAAGCCUUAUUAAUGAAUUUCGCAGGGUUAUCUGUCAUUUUGUGAACUGCAACCAUUGCAUAUACAUUAAAUAAAUCAGUUGUACAUGAAAAAGAAAAUCUGGAAUCUUAUGAGCCUUAUUACUAUUUUAUUGCAUUUGGCAUCCCUGCACUUCUUGAAGGCCUUCCUUUCAUUACUGGAAGCUACGGCAAAGCUCAAGGCUGAUGCUGAAUCUCUCUUGGAGACGAUAAUCACAUUAAACAAUAUACUCAGUCAUGGUUUUAUGGACAAAUGUGGAGACUGCUCUGCUACUAUUUGCCGCUAUGGCUGACCAUGGGAUACAAUUCCUGGGUGUAUUAUAGGAUUUCCAAAAAAAUUGUGAUAGUGCUGGACAAUUCCAAACAAGAAGAAAAAAUGAAAAGAAUGCUAUUAAUCAGGCUAAAGCUCUAUCCAAUUAUUUUGGUGAUCUGCCAAACCCCAGUUUCCAUGCUGAGAAUUGCAUAUUUCAUUGGCAUGGAAGAUGAUGGAAUGCUGUGACUUUCAGCAAUUGCUGGGAUCUUUGUCAUAUUGAAUGGAAUUUUAAACGCGCUUGUAUAUGGUCUUACAGAUACUGUAAAAAAUGCGCUGAGGAGAUAUCGUGAAAAGUACAGCACCAAUUUUUUUGAAAGCAGUUCUCUUAUUGAAGGAACUAUUUAA